GGGGGGUUCGAGCCCUGUUCUCUUUUUUUUUAAAAAAAGAAAAUAUCAUCCCCGCGGCCACCAUGACCUCUAACCUGAUCCGUCUGCGUGAGCGCGACCGAGCAAGCAGCGAGGCAGAGAACCUGCCCCCGCCCCAACCGGCUGACGGGCACCACUGCGCCGCAUUCCCGCACGCCGGGCGCCCGCACCACCAUCGUGUGCAUGGACCCGCCAGGCACUGGUGUAGGUGUGCCAACGCUGGCAUCCAGUUGGACUUGCCGACGAGUGGCCGUCUAGGACUCCAGGAAGCUGUGCGAGGAGAUGGACUGGGCCGGUGGAGCUAUGUGGUCAACGCUGCCGGUGCCGCGGUCAAGCCAAGGGAAGGGUGUCGGUCGGCGGCGCCUUCAAGGCUGUCCCGCUCCAGUACCCGGUGCCGCCCAUCGAUCGAGGUUCUUCUUGGAGAUGUGGUUGCUAGCAAAUAUAGCUUGGUUCUUCGGUUUGUUAAGGGACAGUUUGGUGAAUUUCAGGUGAACCUAUAGAAAUACUUGUGCUGAGAGACAAAGACUAGAUCAUUAGCUUUUGGCGUCGUCAACUGACGACCAGCCUGAGCAUCCCUCGCACGACAACGAUGACGACAAAGACGAUUCAGCGGCGGCGGUAUCCCCAUGACAAUCUGAGGAUGACGAGCACCAAUACUUGAGAUCCAUGGCGCUCGCAGUGUAAGCUCUUCUGCAGCUGUGCAACGUUCAGGUAUAGCUGCUUUUGAUGCCAUGCCAGCGUGUAUAUGUGCUUCUGGGUUCCUUGUGGCAGCAUGUUAUUUGUAUCAAUAAUGGUUGUCAGGUAACCUGCUUGUUAUAAAUUGCACUAAAGCUGCUAUGUGGUGGUUUGUUUAUCUUGGGGUUCCUUCUAUUAUAUGGCCGCAAAUUCAGAUAAAGUUAAAAUGGUUAACUGCACAUUCUUAGGUUC